GAAGGAAAUAACAAACCAAAGAGAAACACAAUACUAAACAGACAUGGUAUUCUCAGCCAACCCACUAUCCCUCAGCGUUUCCGACCCUUUCUUCGACUCAUGGCUGCGUCAAAACGGCUACCCUGAAAUCCUCGAGCACCGACCCACCUCCUCCGCCACAUCUGCCGCCACAACAUCCGCCGCCACACCCUCCACCUCAUCCUCCACCUCCACCGUAAAUGGCUUCUUCACCUCACUCUACUCCACCAUCUGCAUCCUCCUCUCUCUCUUCUCCACCAACCCCUUCGCCAAGCUCACCAACGACGACCUCGCCGCCCCUACGCCGCCGUGGCAGGCCGCGUUCAUCGGCGACUACGAGUCCUAUUCGUUCCCGGUGUCUGGUGCUCAGGCCCAGUUGAGGGUCCAGGAGAAUGUCAAGCGCUAUGCUCGCAACUAUGCUUGGUUGUUGGUCAUCUUCUUCGCUUGUUCUCUGUAUCAGAUGCCAUGGGCUGCUGCUGGAUUGAUAUUUUCUUUAGCACUGUGGGAAAUCUUCAAACACUGCAGUGCAAUGUGGGGACUGGAUCAAUACCCAACAAUUCAGCAAACCAUAAUUCGCGUUGCUCAAUGCGUGGCUGCUGUUAUCCUGAUAUAUUCGGGUGUUCAAAUGGCUUUAUUCUCCGCACUCAGUGUCAAUUAUGCAGGAAUGAUACUGCAUGCUGGAUUUCGGACGCUGACUCGUGCAAAGCAAGCUUCUCAUGGUAGAUCGAGAUGAUACGUUCUAAAGCUUCUUUCUUUCGUAGCAAUACAAUCAAAUACUUGAGCUAUAUUGAUGGUCUCAUCAUCUGAGAAACAGAGAAAAAAAAGGAUGUAAUCUCCUGAUAUUUUUGGUGUCACCAAUGCUCAUUUUGGUUCUUAUUUUCAACCGGCAGGAACAUAAAAGUCGAACAAAUCUCAGUGAUAGUUUGUCUGAUAGCAUGCAACUGAUCGCUGAUGAAAGUGUAAAUUAAUAUACCAGGUAGUUAUGUUUCAUUAUCUUUUGGCU